AUGAAAUUCUUCGAUGACGCGCUCGGCUGGAUGAACCGGCUGUGCACUCCGAGGGUGUCGAGCUUGGACGCCCUACGCAGCACGGUGUUGGUGCCGAACAGCAAGCUCCGGGAGCUGUCGCGGCGUAUGGCCAGCUGCAUCGAAGACGGUCUGGGCAAAGACACACACGCCAGAGCCACGGUGAAAUGCUUCCAGACUUACGUGCAAGACAUGCCCACGGGUCUGGAACGGGGCACGUACUUGGCGCUGGACCUGGGCGGUUCCAAUUUCCGCGUGUUGAAGGGCGAGCUGGGAAUCAACAAGUAUUUCUACAUGGAGCAGGAGACGUACUCGUGUUCGCAGGACCUGAUGACCGGCAGCGGCGAACACCUGUUCGACCACAUCGCGGAGUGUCUGAAGAAAUUCAUCGACGCCCAAGGCCUGAACGACGGUGCCGAAGGGACGCCGCCGGCUAAGAGCAAAUCGAAAAACAGGUCGCUGCCGGUGGGGUUCACGUUCAGUUUCCCCAUGUCGCAGCGGAGCGUCGAUUCGGGCGUGCUGACCAGGUGGACGAAAGGGUUCACCUGCGACGGCGUGGUAGACAAUGACGUGGUCGAGCUGCUGCGCCGGUCCAUCGCCAAACACGCGGGUCUCAGCGUCAGGAUCUGCGCCAUACUCAACGACACGGUCGGCACGCUCAUGGCUUGCGCGUGGAAAGACCCCAAGACCAAACUGGGACUGAUAGUGGGGACGGGAUCGAAUUGCUGUUACGUGGAGAAGGUCGACGCCAUCGGCUUGUAUGUCGGCGAUCCGGACAAGGAACAGAUGAUCAUCAACCUGGAGUGGGGCUCGUUCGGCGACAACGGAGAGCUUGAGGGGUUCCUCACGAAAUACGACCAAGAGGUCGACGCCAACUCCGUGAACCCCAGACAACAGCUGUUCGAGAAGAUGGUCUCGGGCAUGUACCUGGGCGAGAUAUUCCGGCUGCUGCUGGUGGACAUGGCCAAGGCGAAUUUGAUUUUCGACGGCAGGAUACCCGAAGCGCUCCGGCGACGGAGGGGCAUAACGACGGACGUCAUCUCCAACGUCGAGAGGGACCCCCCAGGCUCGUACGGAAAUGCCAGGGAAUGUCUAAAGAAGUUCGGAAUCGAAGCGACGGACCGCGACUUGGAGGUCAUCCGGAACGUGGCCGAAUGUGUGUCGAAGAGGUCGGCUCGGAUGGUCGCCGCCGGACUGGUAGCAAUACUGAAUCGGAUCGACGAGCCGGAAAUAACGAUUGGCGUGGACGGGUCGGUGUACCGGCAUCAUCCGCACUACCACAAUAUUCUGGUGGAGACUAUUAACGAGCUGCUAGAAAACAAGAAGAAAAUCAACGUUAUUUUGUCGGAGGACGGCAGUGGACGAGGGGCGGCCGUCGUGGCAGCCGCAGUUUGUAAAUCUAAUCGUUAG